AAAGGAUUUCCCUGCAGAACAUGAGUUUGGAGAAUAUUUUAAACCUGAGAGGACCUUAAACAUUUAUCAGAGAAACUCCACAGCAGUGAUUUUGAGGAAAUGCUCUUCCCUCGAAAAAGAUUUCAGUAAAGCCAUGAUGACUCACAAGAAAACCACUAUAGAGGACAUCACCAAAAAAUCUAAUGAAUUUGGGGCAGAAUCAACACUCAUUGUACAUCAUAAAGGAAUAGCAAGAGAAAAAGUCCAUGAAUGUGAUAAUUGUGGCAAAAACUUUGAGCAGAAUUCAGACUUUGUUCUACACCAGAGAAUUCACACUGGAGAGAAAUCUCAUAAAUGUAAUGAAUGUGGAAAAAUUUUCAGUCGAAGCUCAAACUUGAGAGAACAUCAAAAAAUUCAUACUGGAGAAAAACCAUAUAAAUGUAAUAAAUGUUCAAAAGCGUUCAUUUGUAGUUCCCGGCUUAUUCAGCACCAGUUAAUUCACACUGGAGAAAAACCUUAUAGAUGUGAUGAAUGUGGUAAAGCUUUCAGUCUGAACUCACAACUUAAUAGACAUCAGAAAACUCAUACUGGAGAUAAGCCAUUUGAAUGUAAUGAAUGUCAGAAAACAUUUAGUCAGAGAUCACACCUUAUUCAACAUCAAAGAAUUCAUACUGGAGAAAAACCUUAUGGAUGUGAUAAAUGUGGAAAAGCCUUUAGUCAGAAUUCUCAACUUGUAUUACAUCAAAGGAUUCAUACAGGAGAGAGGCCUCAUGCGUGUAAUGAAUGUGGAAAAACUUUCAAUCAAAGAUCACUACUUAUUAGACAUCAAAGAAUUCACACUGGAGAGAGACCCUAUAAAUGUAAUGAAUGUGGAGAAACCUUUAUUCAGAACUCACACCUUAUUCUACACCAGAGAAUUCACACUGGAGAAAGACCCUACAAAUGUAAGGAAUGUGGGAAAUCAUUCAGUCAAAGUUCAACUCUUGAUCAACAUCAGAUAGUUCAUACUGGAGUAAAACCAUACAAAUGUAAUGAGUGUGGGAAAGCCUUCAGUUGGAGCUCACGUCUUAUUCAACAUCAGUUAAUACACACUGGAGAGAAACCAUAUAAAUGUAACAAAUGUUCAAAAGCUUUCAGUUGCAGCUCAGGCCUUAUCUUACAUCAGAGAACUCAUACUGGAGAGAAACCCUAUAAAUGUAACGAGUGUGGUAAAGGCUUCAUUCAGAGUUCACAGCUUAUUCAGCAUCAAAGAAUUCAUACUGGAGAAAAACCUUAUGGGUGUGAUGAAUGUGGCAAAGCCUUUGGUCAGAGCUCACAGCUUAUUCAACAUCAAAGAAUUCAUACUGGAGAAAAACCUUAUGGGUGUGAUGAAUGUGGGAAAGCCUUUAGUCAAAGUUCACAACUUACUCUACAUCAGAGAAUUCAUACCGGAGAAAAGCCUCAUAAAUGUACUGAAUGUGGAAAAGCUUUUUGUCAGAGCUCACAACUUAGACUACACCAGAGAAUUCAUACUGGAGAGAAACCCCACAAAUGUACUGAAUGUGGGAAAGCCUUUACUCAAAGUUCACUUCUUAUCAGGCACCAGAGAGUUCACACUGGUGAGAAACCUUAUGAAUGCCAUGAAUGUGGGAAAGCUUUCAGUCAGAGUUCAACUCUUGUUCAGCAUCAGAUCAUUCAUACUGGAGUGAAACUUUUUAAAUGUAAUCAAUGUGGGAAAGCUUUUAGUAGGAGUUCUUACCUUAUUCUACAUCAGAGAACUCAUAGUGAUGAGAAAUCUAGCCAAAGUAAUUAAUAUGAAAACUUCAUGAUACUUUAAGCCAUAUAAAGUUGCUGGGAAAGAAAUUGAAUGAAUGUGAUACGUAUAGGAAAACCUCAGAUUGGAAUUCACACCUUAAACUACAUUAGAGAACCAAUAUGCAAGAAAAACUCUAUAAAUGUAAUGCAUGCCAACAAGCCUGCACUUGUAGUACCCUUCAUUUAAAUUAUAUCGGAGUAGUCUACUGACAAAAAAAAAUCAACGAGAAUGUUGGAAUGACUUUAACAAUACCUCAUUUUUAGAUCUCACAGCUUUUCAGAGGUGGCAGAUCCUCAGAAGUCAUUUGGUCUCAACCUGUAAAUGAAAAGGAAUCCUCCCACACUGUCCUUGUCAAAUGGUCAUCCAAUCUCAGCUUGAAGAUCUCCAAUGAUAUGGAUUUUUCUACCUCCUGAGGCAGUUAUUACCCUUUUAGACAACAUUUUAUUAAGAAAUUUUUCCUUACGUUGUGCCGAAAUCUGCCUAUUUGCAACUUUAAGCCAUUGCUCUUAGUUCUGCUCUGGUGACAACAAAAUUUGGUCUCUUUUCCUCAUUUUAGCUCUUGGUGAUACUUAAAAGUCAGCUAUCAUGCCUUCCUCGAAGUUUUAUUUUCCCCAGAGCAGUGGUUCUCAAACUGUGGUCCAGGACCUCUUUUUA